AUGGUUUAUAUUUUCUUUUUAUUUUUGUUUUGUUUAGUUUUAGGGUUAGCGGCGGUCGCUUCUAACCCUUCUCCUUACUUUGCGGCCUUGGGCCUAGUAAUGGUUGCUGGGGCAGGGUGUGGAGUGUUAGUGGGACAUGGUGGCUCUUUUUUGUCCUUAGUCUUGUUUUUGAUCUACUUGGGAGGGAUGCUAGUUGUGUUUGCAUAUUCAGCGGCGCUUGCUGCUGAGCCUUAUCCGGAGGGGUUGGGUAGUUGACCUGUAUUGGGGGUGAUGUUGACAUAUGCAUUAGGGGCAGUUAUGGCCUCGGUCUUUUUUUGGGGAGGGUGAUAUGAGGGAUCUUGAACGUCAGCAGAUGAGUUUGUAGAGUUUUCUCUAUUUCGUGGUGAUAUUGCAGGGGUGGCUUUAAUGUAUUCUAUGGGGGGAGGUAUUCUGAUUAUGGGGGCUUGAGUGUUGCUUUUAACCUUAUUUGUGGUGCUAGAGUUAACCCGGGGGUUAAGUCGGGGGGCGCUUCGAGCUGUCUAG